AUGUCUUCAAUUGUUGGAUUGAUUCCUGUCUUGGCUAUAGUGACCAUACAACUCCUCCUUUUAGGCAGCGUUUCGUCCCUGAACGUGACCAAUGAGUAUCUACACCACCAAUGCAUCAAUAGUCAAGGGAAAUACAAGAAGGGAAGUCCAUUCGAAAAUAACCUCAACAGUCUCCUCCGUUCCCUCCCUACUACUGGCAAUCUUCGCACCGGUUUCCAUGAUACCUCCAAUGGUGAAGGUCCCAAUGAAGUCUACGUCCGACUCCAAUGCCGAGCCGACUCCUACUAGUCCAAGUGCCAUCCUUGCCUUGCCACCGCCAUCUCUGGGCUUCGUAGGAGAUGUCCGGGAAACAAGGGGGCAAUAAUAUGGUAUGACCAAUGUCUUUUGAGGAUAUCUACGAUCCAUGGCUACGGAAAGGUCGAUUACGAUCACAAAUUCUAUUUGUCUAACCCGAACAAGGUGAGCGGAAAUCCACUGUCGUUCAACAAAGAGACGUCUGCUUUCCUGGAGAAGUUGACAUAUAAAGCUAGUGAUACAAAAAACGUAGAUAACCUCUCGAUGGUCCUGUACGCGGCUGGGGAAAAGAAGCUUGGGACGAAGAAUCUGUACGCAAUGGUGCAGUGUACAAAAGACUUAGCGUUUAACAGUUGCCUUGCGUGUUUGAAAUGGAUUUUAAGGGAGUUUCCAAAAUGCUGUGACGGUAAAUCGGGAGGGAGAGUUUUGAGUACGAGCUGUAACUUUAGGUAUGAGCUUUACCCUUUUCUUAGAACGUGA